AUACUGUAGUUAUAUCAUACUGUAGUUAUAUCAUACUGUAGUUAUAACAUGCUGUAGUUCCAUCAUAUUACAGUUACAUGAUAAUGUAGUUCUCUAUCAUACUGUUUUAUAGUAUUGUAGUUCUAUCAUACUAUGGUUCUAUCAUACUGUAGUUCUAUCAUACUGUAGUUAUAUCAUACUGUAGUUAUAACAUGCUGUAGUUCUAUCAUAUGGUUCUUUGAUAAUGUAGUUCUUUAUAAUACUGUUCUAUCAUAUUGUAGUUCUAUCGUACCAUGGCACUUUGUCGAUAUCGAUCGACCAGUAAAGUCUGGAGUACGCCCCUACUAUAUGGCUAGGCUAUCAUUGGUCGUCGAGGUUACCCAGCCCAUAUCACCGUGGCGAUACCGUGAGGGGUCCGUGCAGUGCGCAGCCAGUUCUGAGCCUCGUCUCCACAUCUGACUCAACACCUGGAUCAACACCUGUGAGUGAUUAACCUUCAGGACCGUCAGGGCCCUUUAUACUGUUCUGAUUUAUAAUAUUCUGAUUUAGCACUGUACUGAUGAAUUAAUGUAUAGACAGUACUGUUCUGAUUAAGUAGUAGUCUGAUUUAGUACUGUACUGAUUCAGUAAUGCACUUAUUUAAUACUGUAGUGAUUUAGUACUUUUCUGUUAUAGUACUUUUCUGAUUUAGUUCUGUACUGAUGAAGAAAUGAUAAACUAUUAUACUGAUUUAGUACUAUUCUGAUUUCAGUGUUCUGAUUAGUACUGAUUGAGUACUGAUUUAAUACCAAAGGCCUACUUACCGUAUUUAAUACUGUACUGAUUUAUUACAGAUUUUCAAUAUACUGAUUUAGAACUGUACUAAUUUGGUACUGAUUCGAGUACUGUUCUCAUUUAGUACUAUACUUAUUUAUUACUAAUCUGAUCCGACUGUAUUGAUUUAUUACUGAUUUCAUGCUACUGAGAGGCACUGAGAGCUUAUAUUCUAUUCUAUGAAUGAUAGAGAUCAGAUAAACCGAUAGAUAUCUGUUCUGAGCUGGAGAUAGGGGCAUGAACAUGUUAUUAAAUGGACAAAGAGAACUGCGUUUCUAAAAUAAAUCAGCUGGAAUCUAUAUGUGGUUUUAUUUAGUAUCUUUAAACAUAUUGUUGCUCAACUUUAAAAACUUCGAUCGAAAUGUAGAAAUUCUAAACCGCCAUUUUGGUCCCAAAUUCAAAUGUCAUUUUUAGAAUCAUUGAUCGUCGUGGAAUCCGUGGUUCCACAACGGAAAUGGAAAGUGACUCAUGGACUGGAAAGCAGUUUCUAAUUUUUUUAUGAAGGCAGUUGAAGCGUGAAACAAGCUCUUUGUUUGUCUUCAGCUCUUUCCUCCAUCAGGAGCCAUUAAUGCUUUAUCACAGCUGUGAGCAUGUGUGCUGCUAGCCUCAAUAGAGCUCACCAUCAACCAAGCGGUUGGCUCAUAGAGAACUGAGCGUUAGCCAGGCUGUUAGCAUUCAGCACGUAACCAUAAUGACCCAGCUAAUGGUUUUAUUGCAGGUGUUAGCAUUCGUUCUGUUAGCUCCUAGAUAGCUGAGCGUUAGCGAGGCUGUUGUGACCUGGCUAAUGGUUUUAUUGCAGGUGUUAGCAUGCCGUAGCGGUUGUUGACUCAUCAUGGACAGCACCAGCACAGCCAUCUUCAUCACCGUUCAGAAGUUAUACUACCCCUUGCUAUGCAUUCUGGGUAUCCCAGCCAACCUGGUCACCUUCUACCUGAUCUUGGUGCGGAGGUGUGGCAUGUCGGACUCGGCCGUGGUGUACCUGAGCUGCCUGGCGGUGGUGGACUCCCUCUACCUGGUGUGGGUCAUCCUGCUGGACCUCACCCUCCACUUCUGGCUGCUGCAGCCCUUCUGGCACUCCUCGCCGUGGUGCGAGGUGCUGACCUUCCUGCAGCACGGCGCCCUCUACAGCUCCUCCUGGGUGGUGGUGGUGUUCACCGUCGAGCGCUACGUGGUGCUCAGCAGCACCGCCGCCGUGCGCCACCUGUCCCGCCCCCGCGUCCCCAGGAUCACCUGCGUUGCCGUGGUGAUGCUGUCCCACCUGGCGUCCGUGCCCAUGGCCUGGAUCAACGCCCCGACGCCCGUCAACGUCACGGUGGACGGGGCCAACGUCACGCUGCCGCGGUGCCGCUACCGCGACGAGGCGUACUCCACGGCGCUGGUGUGGGUCACCAGCAUCCUCUCCGUGGGCGUCCCCGUCGUCCUCCUCAUCGUCUUCAACUACCUGAUCGGGUACCACCUGAGCCGCGCCGGCCGGCUCUUCAGCCGCGAGGAGCAGCGGGUGAUGAGCGGGCGGACCACGCGCAGCCUGGUCCGCCGCUCCAUCCUGCUGCUCGGCACGGUGUCGGUGGCCUUCGUGGCGCUGAGCCUGCCGCGCUUCGUCACCUACUGCAUCCUGCGCACCGUGUACAACAGCCCCGCCUUCGACCGCAACGACUACGGCCUGCCCAUCAACGUGGCGGGCGACCUGGCCAACAUGCUGCACAACCUCAACUCCACCACCAACUUCCUGCUCUACUGCAUGGUCAGCCGCCGCUUCCGCCGGGAGCUGCUGGAGCUGCUGAGCUGCCGGCGGGCCCCGGGGGAGCCCAGCUCCGGGCCGACCAACACCUCCCUGGGCUGGGGGCGGGCCUACACCCUGCCCCAGCCCAGGGACCGCCCCCCGGGAGGCCCCUGGGUCGUGGCGGACACUCACCCGGACAAGAACCAGGCGGACACUCACCCGGACAAGAACCAGGCGGACACUCACCCGGACAAGAACCAGGCGGACACUAACCCCUACAAGAACCAGGCGGACACUCACCCGGACAAGAACCAGGCGGACACUCACCCGGACAAGAACCAGGCGGACACUCACCCGGACAAGAACCAGGCGGACACUCACCCGGACAAGAACCAGGCGGACACUAACCCGGACAAGAACCAGGCGGACACUAACCCCUACAAGAACCAGGCGGACACUAACCCCUACAAGAACCAGGCGGACACUAACCCGGACAAGAACCAGGCGGACACUAACCCCUACAAGAACCAGACGGACACUAACCCGGACAAGAACCAGGCGGACACUAACCCCUACAAGAACCAGGCGGACACUAACCCGGACAAGAACCAGGCGGACACUAACCCCUACAAGAACCAGGCGGACACUAACCCCUACAAGAACCAGGCGGACACUAACCCCUACAAGAACCAGGCGGACACUAACCCGGACAAGAACCAGGCGGACACUAACCCGGACAAGAACCAGGACUGA